GUCUCUAACUCUUUGAGUCAAUAUUAUUCAUAUGAUAGUCUAUGGUUGAUUAUAUUCAUAUAUUCAUUAUUUACACGAUAUUUUUCUCUGUGAUCACAGUACCUAUCUCCCCUAAUCAUUAUGUGUCCUCAAUAUUCUUAUGAGGAUGUUUUUUUUUUACCCAAUAAUAUUGUAUGAUGUCUACGUUAAUUAAUAGUUAUCAAAUCCCAUGACGGGCGAUGUCUAACGUGUGAUAGUCAUUAUUAUUAUUUUGUGUAUUUUUUGCUUAAUGCCGUUCACGUCGUUCACGACGUGGUGAUUUAAACAGUGGAGUCAUUCGACGGUUGCCAAAAUGGUUCAUCAUAUUUUGUUUGUUUCAAUGAUUAAAAAUAAUAAUUAUUAUUGUUAUAAUUUCCGAAUUCCUGUUACAACUGUUUUACACAAAGUUUGAAAUGGCGUCGGAAGAUUGUAAGAACCUUUUGUACGACCAAGCAUGCUUACAAGUAUGGGCAGACAAUGUGCCAAAUAUUUCAUUGUGGAUGCAAACAAAAGAAUGUUACAAAUGUGAUUUAUUGAAAACAGAAAACAUAUCCAAUAACAGAGUUACUAAUAUCAGAUUAAAUACAAUUUAUAGUCUUUGGCUUGAUUUAACCAAUGACAGCAGCCACAAUAAUUGCAGAACACUUCAAACUUUUGAAGAACAUGGUGUUUAUCAAUGGAAUAUUUCAAACAAUUUCAAUUGUUCCCAAAUCAAACAAAUAUCAACUCCUCAAGAUCUAUUUUUGCCAUUUGUUUAUGCAUUAUUGCUGAUAAUACCGUCUUUUGCUGUUUGGUUUUUCAUCAGUUACUUGCAAAGGACUUAUGUAGUGCCAUCUGUGUUCCGAUUUGCAUCAAAGACAGAUUUGGAUAUUGAAAAUACGGCCUCUAGCCGUAAUGUAUCAAUAAUUGAUGGUUCUGAUGUCGAAUUAAAAAAUGCGGAUUUUGGAACUGGUUCUAAUGAACCAGUUAUUAUUCAUCCUCAAAUUCCAACACCAGUCAAAAAUAAUAGUUAUCGUAUCACAUCAUUAGACACAUUUAGAGGGAUAUCUAUUAUAUUAAUGGUAUUUGUCAAUCUAGGAGGUGGACAUUAUUGGUUCUUUGAACAUACUCCAUGGAAUGGUAUCACAUUAGCAGACUUCAUAUUGCCUUGGUUUUGUUGGGUCAUGGGAGUAAGCAUAGCCAUAUCAUUGAGAUCUCAACUUCGUUCAAGCACUAAAAGAAAAUAUGUUUUUGGCCGUAUCGUUCGAAGAUCAAUUGCUCUUUUGAUCAUGGGUUUAGUACUAAAUUCUGUCAACAACAAUAAUUUAACUACUUUUAGACCUUUGGGUGUAUUACAGAGACUAGCAUUUGUAUAUUUCAUAGCAGCAACAUUGGAAACAAUUUUUAUGAAACCUCAACCCUAUUUUACGAAUACAAGAUUAGAUGUUAUUAGAGAUAUUAUUGAAAGUGCUCGACAAUGGAUUAUAGUAAUUUUAUUAGUAAUUAUUCAUACUAGUAUUACUUUCUUUUUACCUAUACCUGGUUGCCCUAAAGGAUAUUUGGGACCAGGGGGGCUCUACAACGGCUCGUCAAACAUUAAUUGUACUGGUGGUGCUGCUGGAUAUAUUGAUAGGCUAAUAUUUGGUGAAAAUCAUAUGUUCCCCGGUACUCCUAAACCUGUUUAUCAGUCAUUACCAUUUGACCCUGAAGGUGUUUUGAGUACUUUGACAAAUGCUGUACUUGUAUAUAUGGGUGUACAUGCUGGUCGCAUUAUAUUAUGUUAUCAGUAUACAAAUGAACGGAUUAAACGUUGGAUUGCAUGGACAAUAGUACUUGGUCUAACUGGAGGUUUUUUGUGUAACUUUUCUAAAGAAGAAGGCUUAAUACCAAUAAAUAAAAAUUUGUUCUCUUUGUCUUAUGUAUUUAUUACUGGAAGUUCGGCAUUCCUAAUAUUUAUUAUUCUGUUUCUUAUUAUUGAACAUUGGAGACUUUGGAGUGGAUCACCAUUUGCCGAGAUUGGCCAAAAUUCGAUUAUACUGUACCUUGGACACAAUAUAUUUUACAAUACACUUCCAUGGAGGUGGCAACCAGUGAAUGAGACUUCUCAUACAGAGUAUUUAAUUAUGGAUUGUUGGGCAACAAUAUUUUGGUGUGCAAUAGCAUUAGUGAUGCACAAGAAAAAUAUAUUUAUUGUAGUGUAAUUAUUAAUAAUUAAGUUUUAGAUUUAUAUUAAUAGCUAAAUUAUUAUUUACAAUGACUCAGAAUGUGGCAUUUUUAUUAUUCUCAAACCAAUGUACUAUAAACUGUUACAUUAUCAAAUUAUUUUCCAACUAUAGUAUUAAUGGAUCUAAUUGGAAUUAAAACCUAUUUUCUGCAUAAAAAUUUGUUUUUAAUUUGUUUAUUGAUCUUUAAGUAUGGAAAGAUAAAUCAUAAUUGUUGACUAAGUUUAAAGAAUUAUAAAAAUAGCUAUAUAUCUAAACAAAACAUAUCAGAGUUCCUGAGAACUUCC